CCAAAAAAAACCCAAGAUCACCCACCCGUCCCGCCCUUCCUCACUAACUGUGCUCUCCCAGUGCCCAGCUUUCCUUGGCUUUGUCAGUUCCCGUCCGUCAGGGAGAGACAGAGGCCCUCUUAUCUGCUACUUUGAGCGACAUCAAAACCCCCGUUAUUCCCUCUUCUUCUUGCGUUUUGCGACUUUUCCCACUUUCCUUGCAACUUCACCCUCCCAGGCGGCUGUCGCGUUAGCUACUACAGCUUCUUGAUACGAAAUAAAUCUUCCUCUUACUUCUUGAAACAGUUCAUCUCUCUCUCUUUUGACACAUACAACAGUGCAUGACCAGAUAGGAGGAGCAAACCAGUGCGUCGCAAGCAUGGCGCGAAGAGAAACCUCGCGCGUGUCCAUCCGGCUCAUGCUGAGCUAUGUUCUCGACUGGAUCAUCAUCAUCGGAGCAGCAGCCAUCGGCGUAGCCCUCGGCACCAUCUCCCCCAACAAACGCCCCAUCUCCCUCUCCAACCCCGAGCUCUCCUACCCCGACAACCCCGACACCGUCACCAUUGCCGUCGUCAUCAUCGUCUCCCUCGGCGCCCCCGCAGCCAUAAUCUUCAUCGUCUCUCUCCUCCUCGUCCCCGGUCCCUCCGUCCCCAAAUCCGUCCCCAAGGGCUUGAUCUGGCGCCGCAAGCUGUGGGAAUGGUUCACCGGCUGGCUCGGCCUGGGGAUGUCCUGCGCUUCUUCCUGGCUCAUCACUUCGGGUCUCAAGAACUUGGUCGGCAAGCCGCGCCCGGAUGUUAUUGCAAGGUGUAUGCCGGAUCUUAGCCAGAUCGCAAAAUACGCCGUUGCCGGCAUCCCAGAUGUCAAGGGAACGACAGUAACUCUCGUCCACGCGGGGAUCUGCACAAAUCCCGAUCACUCCCUUCUCGACGACGGAUGGCGUUCCUGGCCCAGCGGACACUCCUCAUUCUCCGCCGCAGGCCUCGUCUACCUCUCCCUCUUCCUCGCCUCCAAGCUCGCCUUGACGCUCCCCUUCCUAUCCCCAAAACAACCAGGGCAGUCAGAUGGCUCUUACUACUCCGCCUUCCCCUCUUACCUCCCACCUGCUUCCUCAGGGGGAUACGCCUCAAAAUACGACCGCGACGACGCUGCCCAGGCUUCGAACUUAGAUCACCGCCAAAUCGCCGCGCGCAACCAAGCUGCCUCGCCUCCGCUCUAUUUGUUGGCUUUGGCAUUCAUCCCCACGGGAGCAGCGAUGUACAUCGCCGCCUCGCGGUACUCUGAUUUCCGGCACCACGGCUUCGAUAUCUUGUCCGGCUCCUUCAUCGGCACCGUCGCGGCCUUCGCAGCGUUCCGGUACUAUCACCUCCCCCUCAGCCGCGGCGCGGGAUGGAGUUGGGGACCUCGCAGCAGGAGUCGCGCCUUCUGGACCGGUGUCGGGACCGGCGGCUACGUUGGUGGUAACGAGGGAAAGGAAGCAGGAGAGGCGGUGAUGAUGGAGGAUUUGAGCGGGCAGAGGACAGGGUAUCAGGAGCAGGGAAUGGAUGGGGCGGGGGAUUUCAAUAACCCCGCGGGGAGGGGGAGGGAUAGAGAUACUGUGGGUGCCCCCGUGGCGACGGCAGUUUAAGGUUUUCACACCUACAAACUUUGCCUGGGGUUAUGGUUAUUAGUGCGCUUUUUGCUGAGACUUUUUUUUUCGCCUUGUAGGAUGAAUUCGAACUCCUCCAUCGUGGGGACCAGGAGGGAUAUAGGGAGGAUGCGAGGGAUGAGGUGCCUGUUUCGCCGGUGCAUCAGAGCCCGAGGAGGGUGAGGGGCGAGGAAACGGGGUAUGAGGCGUAUAGGGGGCAGGCGAGUUAGGGGGGUGGGUUUUGUUCUGGUUUUAACUAGCA